AUGUCUGGCACAAUCAAGAUCUAUGUACAUGAGGAGAGUACACAAACAACCAAAAUUUUGCUAUGGCAAACCGAUAAGAAUCAACAACGGCAACAUCAAAUACAGGCUCUAAAGUUUUGGGUAGAACAUGAAUUUGAAUUGAAAAAACAAGGAAAAGUUUUGGUUGAGUUGCGGAAUGAAAACAACAGACCCAUUCAUACUCUGAAAGAUAAGAUGGAUAUAUUCAUCGUUACAGCAUCAGAGGAGACAGGUACCACCGAUGAAAAAAAGAAUAGCCUCGACGAGAAUCAACUCAAAGCCUCAUCAUCAUCAUCAAUGAGCACUCAAAGCCAAAUAACCAAAACAUCAGGAUCCGAUGCAACAAGCCAUACCAUGUCUUCUAGUAGCAGUAGUAGUAAUAGUAGGGAGGAGAGAGGAAAAACAUCAUCCUCUGCACCACAGACAACCAUUCUAUCUCAAAAAGAAUUACAAGAUCUUGCUAAAAACGCAGCUCAAUUCUAUCAAGCCAAAAAGUACAGACAAUCCGUAGAAGCCUAUAAGAAAAUCAAAAAAGCCAAUGUUGAUGUCAUGGGGUGUAACAACAAUAUUGCUACUGUUUAUUUAACUGCCAAUAUGUACGACAGAGCUUUAAAGUAUUUGCAAGAAAUUCUGAAAACGGAUUCCUUAGACUUUACUGUGCACAACAAGAUUGCCAAAUGUUAUUUAGGAAAAAAACAAUACAAGGACUGUAUUCAAUACUUGUUGAAUACAAUUAAAAUUCUGGAUCAAGUACAAAAUGUAGCGAAAGAAGAGCAAAAAGCAGAACUGAAACAGAUCAUGGCAAGUGCUCAAUUGGAUCUUUCAAAAUGCUUGCUAAACUUACACGAAAAAGAUCAAGCUUUUACAUUAAUAGCUACGGUGCUAAAGCAAGAUGAGAAUAAUAUCGAAGCGCUUUUGGAAUAUGCAUCCUAUGUUUAUAGAGAGUCAAAAGAUCCAUCGGAUGCUCUCACUGCUUUGAUUCGAGUCCUUGUUGUAGAUAAAGAAAAUAAGGUAGCCAAAGAAUUACUUUCAGAUAUUGUUGCUGAGAAUGGAGUACAAUUACUGAUUGAUCACAUUUCUCAAGGCCAAAACAACCUGACGCCAGCUAUGGCUCCUGGUGUUGCAUGGAUGGCUCUUAUUAUUAAGGAAUUUUCGUGUAUUACCGAGGCAGUCGAAUUGUACAAAUUAGCUUUGGACUUGGCUCCUGACAAUGUCUCAUAUUUAUUGAAUUUAAUUCACACUUUGGAAAUUGAUGUACGAUAUGCUGAUGCAUUGCGUGAGGUAAAAACCUUUUGCGAGAAAAAUCCAAAUUUUAAAAGUGGUGAUUUUUCAUCACACCAUUUAUUGGAGGUCCUGAAUCAAAUUGAUCAACUCGAUACGCUCAAAGAUCCUUUUCAAAAUACUGAUAAAAUAGCUCAGAAAUAUUACUGUGGGGAGUAUGCUCAACAAUACGCAGAUACUUUGGAAACUACAUUUAUUGAUGAUUGUGGAGCAGUUUUUUGGAAGAAAGAAGAGACUUUUAAUUUGAAAGAAUUGAAAGAGACAAUUGCAAAACAUCGAUUGAAUGACAAAAACACACAACCAGAUUUGGAUUUUUUAGCUGUGGGCUUUACAGUGGUGAAAAUUUGCUAUAUUUGUGGUUUUCUAUCAUGUAUGCCUAAACUUAUUCAAGCUUUAGAGAAGGAACGAAUGAAGCGGGAGUUGCACAAUACACAAAUUAGAAACGAGCAUGCCUACUUUUGCACCAUUACUCAAUUGCUUUCGCAAUACUUGUACAAGACUCUUCCUGUUAAGGGAGUUGACAAUAUUGAGGAAAAUCACAUGUAUCUUGUUGGAGAAUCGCAUUCACUGAGUUCUGCUUUUCAGGUCAUUAAUUUUAAAGGAACCAAACAAUUAUUGUUGACCAAGUUAGUGACAGGAUGUAAAUGUUUCCAUUUGCGAGAAAACACCAAAUUUUAUCCGAAGAGAAAUUAUUUCAGCUGUCUAGCAUCCAUUCCUGAAGGUUCUAGAGUUAUUUUCAUGUUUGGAGAAAUUGAUUGCCGUGAAGGGCUGUGGGUCUCUGUUGACAGAUUCAAGUACAAAAAUAUUGAGGAAGGUAUUGCCGUCACCAUCAGUUAUUAUAUUAAGGAGUUACUGAAAGCAAAAGAAAAGUACGAUUUGUAUGUGCAUCCAGCUCCUCCAGUGCUCGACAUGACCAGAGACACCGUGAAAAUGUUUAAUGCUCAUCUCAAGAUUGAAUGUGCAAAGAAUGGUAUUCGAUAUUUAGACUUUUUAGAUGAAUUGCUCACGAAUAAUGGAAAGGGUUUGAAAAAAGAAUUGUUCCUAGACGGUAUCCAUUGCUCACCAAACAUCACUAAGUAUUUGGAGAAGGCAUUGAACAAGUUUUGA